GGUUGAGACGCAUCCUCCAACUCCAACCGCCGCUGCCGACGUGGUCUCCAUCCUCCGCGGAGCUGACCCCGCCCGCCUCCUCGCCACUUCCGGCAUCGCCCCGACGCCCGAGCUGCUCCAGCACCUCCGCCCCGCGCUCCCGACCCUCCCGGACUCCGCGAUUCCGGCCCUCGCCCGCUGGGCCGGCGCCGCCACCGCCGUCUCCCUCCUCGCCUCCCGCCGCCUCUUCGCCGCCGCCUGGCGCUUCCUCCUGUUCCAGCCCGCCGCCGCCUCCCCGCCGCCCCCGCUCGCCGCGUUCGCACCGCUCCUUCGCCGCUACGCUCGCAUCGGCCGCACCGACUCCGCGGUCCGCACGUUCCGGUUUCUCCAACGCCACCCGGGCCGCUACGCCGUCGAAAGCGAUGUCACGCCGUCUGCCGAGGCGCUCUCCCCGUUGAUCCUGACCAUCGACGCGCUUUGCAAGGAGGGCCACCCUCGCGCCGCCGCGCUGCUCGUCGCGCAGAUCCGGCGCGAGGACGACGGGUGGGCGCCCGACGUGCGGAUCUACAACAUCCUGCUCAACGGGUGGUCCCGCGCGCGCCGACUCGACAAGGCGGAGAAGCUCUGGGCGGCGAUGCGCGAUGAAGGCGUGCGGCCGACGGUGGUCACCUACGGGACCUUCAUCGACGCGCACUGCGUCAUGCGCAGGCCUGACCACGCGAUGGCGCUCCUUGACCAGAUGCGGGAGGAGGGUAUCGAGGCCAAUCUGCUCACCUGCAACCCCAUCGUUUAUGCGCUUGCACAUGCAGGCCGUUUCGGGGACGCACACAAGGCACGGAGACCUUGCUGGGGCUAGUCGAGUGCUCAAGGCCAUGCUGGGGCGGGGCAUUUCACCAACUGCAAGGACAUACAACUAUUUUUUCACGGUCUUUGCCAGGAAUCUUAGCAUCGAUCUGGGAAUGAACCUCUACGUGAAGAUGGUCAGCAAUGGCUACGCGCCAGACCGGCUCACUUACCACCUUCUGAUCAAGAUGUUGUGUGAGGCGAACCGGCUUGAAUUAACGCUGCAGAUGCUUCAGGAGAUGAGAAACAGUGGUUUUGAGCCAGAUCUUGCAACCAGCACCAUGCUGAUACAUUUGCUUUGCCGACGCCAUCAGUUUGAGGAGGCUUUUGCGGAGUUCGAGCAGAUGUUUGAGAGAGGGAUGGUGCCCCAGUAUAUCACGUACCGGAUGCUUAUGAGAGAGCUAAAGCGGCUUGGUCUAGUCAAACUGGUACAGAAGUUGGCAGAUCUAAUGCGCUCAGUUCCACAUUCCACAAAGUUACCUGGCGGUUACAGGGAUAAGGAAGGAGAUGAUGCUAUAGAGAAGAAGAAAUCAAUAUUACUGAAAGCCCAGGCCGUUUCAGACGUUCUGAAGGAUUGCAAGGAUCCCAAGAAACUGCGCGAGCUCAGAGAUCCUGAAGAAACUGACGUCCAAAUUGCAGACAGGAUUGUAGCCAACAUUAGGAGAAGAGUAUACGGAGACAUCUCAAGGAUAGUGCCAUCUGUUUCUUGAAACAUUGAUUUGCAUUGUGUAGAUGUAUCGAUAUUAAUUGCGUGACUAUGGUUUAUCAGCCAGUUGAAUUAUUCAUAGUGAGUUUUCAG